AUGGCGGCGUUGUAUUUGCACGCCUCGACCUUAGCAGGGAGCCGCCCUCGUGGUAUUGGCCCAUGCGUUGGGUACGCGGUCACAGAGGCCGUACGCGGUGCGCAGGAGGCCGCUGGUGCUGCCAAUCUGGAUGCCGACCGCGCGCAGCGGUCCAUAGGGCGUGUCGAGGUGCUGAGCAAGUCCUUACCGGAUUUGUCCACCAAGGCAGAGGACGCGGAAAAAAGAGCGGAAGCGGGCCUGAAAGAAGCGGAAGCCGCACAGAAACAGGCUGAGGACUUGCUGAAGACUGUGGAAGAAACGUCCUAUGCGGCGGCCAGCAAAUCUGCCAGGAAAGAGCUGAAGCGUCUGGAAACGGAUGCAGAGAACCACUACAAGUCCUAUCUCUCGGAUAUGAAGCUCUCCCGUGUGCCUCCAGUGGAUCAUGCUGCGCAGGUCGAAGAGCUGAAAAAAGCCGAGAAACCCUACGUCGAUGCCGAGCAAAAGGUGGAAGCGACAGUGGAGUCUUACAACAGCCUUGCCAUUUCGUUGGCCAAUGAGGGACUUGUUGGAGCUGCAGGAAAGGUCUGUGAUCAUGUACACCGACAAGGCCAAAAAGCUGGCAGAUACUGCGGUGCAGGAACAGGCCACUGGAAGCGCCGUUCUGGCGGCCAAGCACAUGCUUGAGGCCACCAAACUCAUGCACAUGGCCAAAGAAAAGAAGGUG